UGUCUACAAUGUGACAGGUGAUAUGCGAUUGACGCUCUGUUGUCAUUGACAACUUUCGCGAAAAUGGAAACCGCAUCGCAAGCUCUUCAACUAUUAACUUCAUUGAAAAUUUUGCGUGAAAUUAAAAAUAUCCGAGAUGAAAUGCCAAGAAACCGACGAUCGCGCCGACGAUGGUGGAUUAGGCCAUCAAAUCGACGCCGUAAAACCGAAGGAUUCUACGAAACAGCGUUCGAUCUAAUGAAGAAAGGAGAUCCUGAUUAUUUUGUGCGAUCGGUUCGUAUGACACCAGAUGUUUUUCAGAAGCUGUUGGAAACUGUGAAGCAUCGACGAGAAAAAUUCUCCAUCAGAAAACCCAUAAAUCCGGAAUGCCGUCUUUUUAUGACGCUUAUGUAUCUAGCGCAUGGAAUGAACCACUUUACACUGUCUCGUUUAUUCAGGGUUGGACGGUCUACAGCUCAUCGGAUUACACAGGAGGUAGUGAAAGUACUAUGGGAUGUACUGGUUGCUGAAUAUCUUCCGGUUCCUGAUGAAGAAACUUGGAAAACUUAUGCUUUAGAAUUUUAUCAUCAAUGGCAACUUCCCAACUGUUGCUCAGCUAUCGACGGGAAACAUAUAGUAAUACAGUGUCCUCCAAAGGCAGGAUCGGUGUAUUACAACUACAAGAAACAACAUUCAAUAGUUCUGCUUGCAGCUUGUGAUGCAAACUACAAUUUCGUUGCAGUUGAUAUCGGAGCUUACGGCGGAAAUUCAGAUGGAAGUGUGUUUUCGAACAGUGAAUUUGGGCGCCGUUUACGAGAAGGAAAUCUUGAUUUACCACCUGCAACUUGCCUACCAUAUUCAAAUCAACUUUCACCUCACUUCAUAGUUGGUGACGCUGCCUUCCCAUUGAUGAAUAACCUUAUGAGACCGUACCCGGGAAGAAACUUGCCAACAAUCAAAGACUAUUUCAACCAGCGUUUGUCGAGAGCUAGACGUACGAUUGAAAAUUCCUUCGGAAUAAUGGUUGCUCGAUGGAGAAUUUUGAAGGUUCCACUCGUAAUGACUCCUGAAGCCGCAGAAAACAUAACGAAAGCCAUCAUUGUUCUGCAUAAUUUCUCAAAUAAGCAUGCUAGACGUGUAUAUGCUCCACCUACGUUUCCGGACCACCUCAACCACACCGGUCAAUUUGUGGAUGGUGAGUGGCGCACAGUUGCAGAUCCAUUACCAAGUGUGACAGCUGAUUCCAUCAGCAGAAAUCAUAAUGCUCCAAGAAAUGCAUAUCAAACUCGAGAUAAUUUAGCUCAAUACAUAAUUAAAAAUCGUCUUCCGUUUGCAGUAUCACAAUAAUAAACAUACCAUAUACCUAUGUAAAUUCCUUCACUGCUAAACAUUCAGAGAUAAUAUUGUAUUCAGACAAAACUCUCAAAUUAGACAUAGUACCCGGGAUUUUAUUCAAUGUAUGAUUUGUUAUGAUUGAAAGAGAAUACGAGAAUAAAAUAAUUGAAAAAAUGUAAAAUUUCAUCCAUAAUUAGCUCAAUAAAUACCGUAAUCAAUCCAUCUACCAGUGACAAGUGCCUUUCUCGAGUCAGUCAGAUUCUAGUAACCAUCAUUAGGACAUUCGGAAGGCAAUUCUUGGACACUUUUUCAAAAGGGCGUAUCUGUUUUUGUAAACAAAGAUUCGAACGUCAAUUUCUCGGAAAUCUUAGCACUGCCACGCAAACUAACACUACCAUCAUAAAGGGUAACAUUUCCCCUACCUGAUGGUACAGAUACGUCCUUUUGAAUAAGUAUCCGAUAAUUUAUGAUCAAGAAGUUACAGAUUAAUUUUGUUGAUCGCUAUUCGGCAAGUGAAUUAAUACAAUCUCCGAGGAAUUUGUUUAAAAAUUUGUCCUAGGAUUCCAACAUGGCAGCCAUUGAUAAUUUUGUCGAUUCCUGAUGUGAAUUGAGAUGUCGCAUAAUGGGUUUUUGUUUGAGUCCGCUACCCCGGAGUGCACCAGAAAAAAUGAUAUAGCUUCUUCUGGAUUGUCUACACAAUUUUGAGAACAGUGAUAUGUCGCUUGAUAGGGUUCUGUUGUUGUGAAAAAUUGACCAUUACCCCCAGGGCUUCCAGAACCUGAUCCGGAGCCACUAGAUGGCCAAUGUGGUCUAGAAAAGAUGAUAUGUCCUCUUCUGGAUUGUACACGAAAUUCUGAGGACAAUGAUAUGUCGCUCGAUAGGUUUCUGGGGUAAUACUAAAGUGACCAAUUUCCCCAGGGCUGCCGGAACCUGUUCUGGAGUCGCCCGAUGGCCAA